AUGACUUCUACCUCUCCUUUUUACAAACCUCUUUCUUGGAUCAAACUUGAUCGAGGAGACAUCAUUGAAUAUGUUCAGGAAGACAAUUCAUCGGCGGAAUCAUCUCAUCACACGCUUACGUUGAAACAAGGUCCCUCCUUUAAUGAUCUUCCUCUUGAAGUUGUAGAACAUGUUAUUGAAUAUUUACAAAUUCAUGAUGUUCUCGUUGGAAGGAUCAUGUUCUUAAAUCGAACGUGUUAUGCAUUAUUCAGCGGAAUUGGGGUUGAUCAGCCUAACAGUAUUAUGCCCUACAUGGAGGGCAUUGUUUUUAGCAAAUUAUUAUACUCCCAUUAUCGAAAUUAUGUGACGAAACAUGUAAAGAGCAUUGAAAAACAAAUUGAUUUUAAUUUAAAUGUCGAAAAUUUUUUAUGUAAAUGUAUUUACGUGUUGGAUUUACCAUUUCAUUGGUCGCAUUGGUACAUGAUUUAUCAGAGAUUUCAAAAACUGGUGAGGAUUACAGAUACUAUCAAGCUUUAUUCACCAGAGAGGGUUACAAGAUUACAAGCAGGGUGUGUAUCUGUUAUCUCACAUUUUACAAUGCUUGCGUCCAGAGUGAAACAAUUGAUUCAGCUUGACUCACAAUACAAAUCUAUGAAACACCAAAACUCGUUAAACACAGUACUACUACCAAACUCCUCAUCAGAAAAUCACACCCAUAAUUUUCUGAAUUAUUUUCCAAUGGAUGUUUGUAUAUUUUGGAUGAUGCAUGACGGUGAAAGCAGUUGUUCAGAUGAAACAUGUUACUUGAUUGGUGUUUCGAGAUUACUGACCAUCUCAGAGAUUUUUUAUCAUUUUAGAGCAGAGAAUGCAAAGCACAUGCUACUUUCAGAGAUUUCAGGAAUAUUCUCCACACAUUUGAAUAUUUUCAAUGGACAAGUGCAAUCGUAUCAGGGAUGGAAUGUGAAUAGUCACACGAAUUGGUUGGAACAUUUACAUAAUAUUAAUCAUAUCGAUGUGGAGAAGAACCAGUAUAUUCGUGUUUUGCCUUAUUCAUGUUGUGAGGAAGACCUGUAUUAUAAAUUCUAA